AUGGGCGAGCCUGGCCUGGCGCCAGACUUGCAAGCGCUGCGGGAGCUCGCGAAGCAGUCUGCGGCGGCCCUGGGGUCCAGCGAGGACGAGAUCUCGCGAGGGCGCAAGCGCGGGAGGGCCGAGGAUGCCGGCAAUGCUGCAACCAUUGUGGUGCCCGAGAGGUGCGUUGGGAAGAUCAUCGGACUGAGCGGCAAGGCCGUGAAAGAGAUCGAGGCCACCACGGGGGCCCAGAUCAGUUGCACGAGGGCCACCGAGGAGGGCACCCGCAAGUUUCUUAUCUUUGGGGAGCCCGUGAGUCAGGAAUUGGCGCGGGAGCAGAUUCAGGCGAUCGUGGACCGCGAGGAAGCAGCAGGGUUGGCCCCGGAGCCCAACAAGGUGACUGAGUACAUGGACGUGGCCAAGGUAUCCAUUGGCAAGCUCAUUGGGAAGAAAGGGCGCCAAAUCAAGCGCAUCCAAGACCUGUCCCGCGUUGACAUCAUCAGGUUCACAGGUGAGGCUGGCAUAGAGCCGAACACCGAGAAGAUGAAGAUCGGGGGCAACAAAGAGGCCGUCCAGAUCGCCCAGUGCUACAUGGAGCUAUUGUUGUUGUAUUAUGAUCGGAAGAGCGGGGUCUUCAACACAGAGCUGGAGACGAAGUACAAGCCCAUCCCUUGUGCAUCCGCGGAGUAUCUGGAUCAUAUCAUGCACGAAUACAUUUACUGCGAGCAGACUCCGAUGAGCGCUGUCGGGAUGAUGCCAUGCCACCUGCCCAUGGCCAGGCGUGCCCACCAAGCGCCCAGAGAACACCAGCCAGUGACGGAGCUGCCGCCAGUGGGGCUGCUGGCAGACCUUCCGCCCCCAGCUGGCCAGCCCUCGGCACAGCCGCGGUUCACGAUGCCCCCGCCGCCGUCAGGGCCGCCGCCGGGGCCGCCGCCGGGGCCGCCGCCGGGGCCGCCGCCGGGGCCGCCGCCGGGGCCGCCGCCGGGGCCGCCGCCAGGGCCGCUGCCGACAGGGCAGCAGCAGCAGCAGCAGCUGCCGGUGGUGUCCCACGGUCGAAUACUGCCCACGCAGCCGCCGCCGAUGCCGCAGACGUAUGGCAUGCCGUGGAAGUCGCAGUACGUGGAUUCCAUUGUGGUGCCGCACAUGAGCUACCAGGACGCAGUCAUGUGGGCCCGCGUCUACAUGCAGGACGCAGCCUGCGUGACGUACUUCAAACAGUUGAAGAAGAUUCUGGACCUGGGGGCUCGCAAGCGGAGCGGUGAGUCAGUUGGGAUUCGGGGCUUCCUGACGUUGUCGUUCAACGGGAACGUCGGCCCCCGCGCCGGGGCGCCGAUGGGCGAGCCCGCCCCGGCGGUGGACCUCCAGGCGCUGCGGGAGCUGGCGGCGCAGUCGGCGGCGGCGCUGCGCGGCGGCGAGAGCCCCCGGGGGCGCAAGCGCGGACGACCCAACCAAGAGCUCGUCGUGGUCAUGGUGCCCGAUGAGCGUGCCGGGGAGAUCAUCGGCAGGUGGGGCAAAGGCGUGAAGGAGAUCGAGAUGGCCACAGGAACUAGCAUUAGAUUCGAUAAGAAGGUUGAGGACGGCUUGCGCAAGAUAUUCAUCAAGGGGGAGCCCGACUGUCAGGAGAAGGCACGGGCGAAGCUCCAGGCAAUCAUAGAUGGUACCGUCAUUUUGGAUCCGACUGAAGAGCAGAAGGUGGACACCAUCAUCAAGCUGCCCAAGGUCGCCGCCGGCAAGCUCAUUGGGAAAAACGGACGCCACAUCAAUCGAAUCCAAGAUCUGUCCGGCGUCAACUGCAUCAGGUUCAUAGGAGAGACGGGCAUCGAGAAGGAUAUCGACAUGAUGGAACUCUGGAUCAAAGGCAGCACAAAGAGCGUCCAGAUCGCCUGCUGCUACGUGGAGAUGAUACUGAUACAACAUGACCGCUCUCAGGGGUGCUUCAACACAACCCUAGAGAUGAGGUACAAGCCCUUCCCUUGCGCAUCUACGGCGAACAUGAACAAUUUUCUGCACACGUAUGUUUACAGCGAAAUCAUCCCGAAGCAUGCCCGCGGGGUGCCCCCGGACCAACUUCCAAUACCAGACCAAUUCAUGAAUGCGCCCGUGCCCAGCGCACCGCCGCCAGAGCUGCCGCCCCUGGCCUGCCAGCCUUCGGCGCCAGCGCCGUUCAUCAUGCCUCCGCCGCCGCCGGGGCCGCCGCCAGGGGGGCCCCCGCCUCUGUCGCCGCUGGCAGGGCCUUCGCUGACAGCGCUGCCCGCGCCGACUGCGGCGGCCGUGCAGACGCAGCGGGAGCAGCUGCAGAAGCAAUUGCAGCAGCUGCCAGUCGUGCCCCGCGGACAGGCGGCGCCUGUGCAACCGCCGUCCAUGCCAGAGAAGUGCGGUGUUCCCUGGGCACCGCAGGCGCUUGCUCAGCCGGCACGGGUGUCUGAGGCGUACGGCAUGCAGUGGAUGGCGCACGCCCCUGGCGCCAUGGGGACCCCGCACAUGAGCUAUCAGGACGCGCUGAUGUGGUCCCACCUUUACUUGCAGGACGCGGCGUGCGUGACGUAUUUCAAGCAGCUUCGGAGGAUCCUGGCAAGAGUGGCAGCUGGAGGCAGCUGA